AUGUCUUUUCAAUUGGAGUACAACAACUUAGGAGAAUCUGGUUUGAAAAUUGCUCCACUCAUUGUUGGUUGCAUGACCUUUGGAUCCAAAAAAUGGAAUGAUUGGGUUCUUGAAGAUGAAGAAGAGAUCUUUGGAAUUCUCAAGAAAUGUUACGAUGCAGGAUUAAACACCUUUGAUACCGCAGUUGUUUAUUCCAAUGGAUUGUCAGAAAUAAUUUUGGGUAAGUUUCUCAAAAAAUACGAUAUUCCAAGAGAAAAUGUUGUGAUUUUAUCAAAGUGUUUCUUCUACACUAAUACCAAUGAUGUGGGCUCCAAUUCCCUCAAGACAGCAACACUAAAUGAAGCCCAAGUUGUAAAUUCUAGAGGUUUAUCACGUAAACACAUUUUAGAUGCGGCAAAAGCAUCGGUUGAGAGAUUGGGUACUUAUAUGGAUGUCUACCAAAUCCAUAGAUAUGAUCCCACGACUCCAAAUCACGAGAUUAUGCGCGCAUUAAACGAUGUGGUUGAAGCCGGAUACACGAGAUACAUUGGAGCAUCCUCCAUGAGGGCCGUAGAGUUUGCGCAAUUGCAGUUUGUUGCUGAGAAGCAUGGAUGGCACAAAUUCAUUAGCAUGCAAAAUUACUACAACUUGUUGUACAGAGAAGAGGAGCGGGAGAUGAUUCCAUUUUGUAAGAAUAAUGAUAUCAGCAAAGUAGGCAUUAUCCCAUGGAGUCCAAUUGCUAGAGGAGUCCUUGCGCGACCAGUGGGAAAAUUCUCGGACCUCAAUAGUAGCAGAGUAAAGUCAGAUCAAACCUUUGCUCGUGUGGGCUUGGAUAAGCUAUCAGAUGUUGAUAUUGAGAUUAUCAAAAGAGUCGAAAAAAUAGCUAGUGACCACCAGGAGUCAAUGGCUGGAAUUGCAACAGCUUGGUCAUUGGCAAAAGGUUGUAAUCCAAUUGUUGGAGUCAACUCUCAAAAACGUGUUGAUGAUUUGCUUAGAGCCACACAAAUUAAGCUAAGCGAAAAAGAGAUUGAGUAUUUAGAGGAAUCCUACGUUCCUAAAGCAUAUGUUGCCUAA